AUGAGAAGCUUCCUGAAAAAGACACAUUUUAUUUUUCACAGUUCUGGACUAUUUCCACUCCUUGCCAAUGCUGCAAUGUCUGUCAAGCCAACAUUAUUGAGUCUGUAUGAGAUUUAUUAUCUCCCUCUGGGUAAAACAUUGAAACCAGGACUGCAAGGACUGUUAACUGGGAUUCUGCCUGGGUUAGAGGAGGGGUCAGAGUAUUACGAAAGAACAAACACGCUGUUGGAGAAGGUUGCCUCGGCUGUGGAUCAGUCAGCGUUCUACAGUGCUCUCUGGGGCAGCCUCCUCACAAGCCCUGCAGUUCGCUUGCCCGGGAUCACCUAUGUCCUCUCCCAUUUGAACAGGAAGCUGUCAAUGGAAGAUCAACUCUACAUUAUCGGCAGUGACAUUGAAUUAAUGGUGGAAGCAGUAAGCACAUCAGUGCAAGAUACCAGUGUUUUAGUACAGAGGAGCACGUUGGACCUUAUCCUUUUUUGUUUUCCUUUCCACAUGAGCCAGGCAACACGUCCAGACAUGAUCAGAAUUUUGUCAGCAGCUCUUCACGUAGUACUGCGCAGGGAUAUGUCACUCAACCGGAGGCUUUAUGCAUGGCUUCUAGGUUUUGAUAACAAUGGUGCACUUAUAGGACCCAGAAGUACAAGGCACAGCAAUCCUGAGGAGCAUGCCACUUACUAUUUCAACACAUUCUCUAAGGAGAUGUUAGUCCAGGCAAUGGUUGGAAUAUUACAAGUUAAUGGGCAUGGAGAAGAAAGCACACUGAUGCAAGACUUGAAGCCUUUUCGGAUUCUUAUCAGUUUGCUGGAUAAGCCUGAACUAGGCCCUGCCAUCCUAGAGGAUGUGUUGAUUGAAGUGUUUCGAACUUUAUAUACACAGUGCAAAGCAGAACUGGAGCUUCAGGCAGAACCUUCUUUCAACAAAGAUCACACCCAGCUAAGCAGCAAACUGAGAGAAAACAAGAAAACGGCAGAAUUGAUUAAAACUGCCAAUCUUCUCUUUAAUUCCUUUGAGCCUUAUUAUAUGUGGGAUUACAUUGCUCGUUGGUUUGAAGAAUGUUGUAGGAGGACAUUACAUGCCAGACUUCAUACUGGACCUGGAGGUGGUAGUGAGCAAUCUGAGCUACCCCUGACAAAUUUCUGCUUGUUAGUGGAUUUUUUGUUGGAUAUAGUUUCUUUGCCUACUAGAAGUAUGAGAGUGCUGUGUCAGGAGACUUACAUUGAAAUACAGACAGAACACUUGCCUCAGCUGUUGCUCAGGAUGAUUUCUGCGCUAACGAGCCAUCUUCAUACUUUGCACUUGUCCGAGCUUACUGAUUCCCUCAGACUCUGCUCGAAGAUCCUUAGUAAGGUUCAACCUCCUUUGCUGUCAGCUGGUACAGAUGGUGUCCUGCAGCUUUCUAGUGGACACAGCAGCUCCAUCAAAGAAUGGGAAAAUAAAAAGGUGCCGUCAGUUUCACUUGAAAAUCCUAACGAUGUGUUUGAAGAUGGUGAAAAUCCUCCCAGCAGUCGAUCAUCGGAAAGUGGAUUCACUGAGUUUGUACAAUACCAGGCAGAUACAACUGAUGACAUUGAUAGAGCACUGAAUGAAGGUCACGGUGCGCCUGGCAUUCCUAUUAUUGGUAGCACGUCUUCGGAGACUGAGACAGCAUCAACUGUGGGAUCUGAGGAAACCAUUGUACAGCCCUCCUCAAUAAUGACACAGGGGACAGCAACUCGGGGUGGGAAAACCAUCCAGAAGACUGCAAUGCAGUGCUGUUUGGAGUAUGUCCAACAAUUUUUAACCAGAUUUAUCAACCUGUAUAUCAUUCAGAGUAAUUCCUUGUCUCAGCCCUUAGGGGCAGAGCUUCCAGUAGACCCCACUAGAGAACACGGACAGACCACAAAAUGGGACAGAGAAUCACAAGCUGAUGCUAAGGUGAAAAAAACAAACAAGAAAAAAACACCAAAAGAAUACCUUCCUGCCUUUAUUGCUGCUUGUCAGCUGUAUCUUGAAUGUUCAAGCUUUCCCGUUUACAUUGCUGAAGGAAACCGUACUUCGGAAUUACAUCCUGGGAAGCCUGACGUUGACUGUGAACAAGUACAGCCUCCACUGUGGCUUCAGACUUUAAUGAACGCUUGCAAGCAAGCAAGCGAUUUCAGUAUUCACGGUGUUACCAUUUCCCUUGUGAUGGACUUGGUUGGAUUGACUCAGUCGGUUGCUCUCGUCACUGGAGAAAACCUGAACAGUGUGGAAACCGCUCAGCCUCUUAGCCCUAACCAGGGAAGGGUGGCUGUGGUCAUCAGACCUCCUCUCACUCAAGGCAACCUCAGAUACAUGGCUGAAAAGACAGAUUUCUUCAAGCAUAUAGCUCUAACUCUCUGGGACCAGUUGGGUGAUGGAACUCCUCAGCAUCAUCAGAAGAGUGUGGAGCUCUUCUACCAGCUGCACAACCUCGUUCCAUCUUCUAGUAUUUGUGAAGAUGUGAUAAGUCAGCAGCUGACUCACAGAGACAAGAAAGUAAGAAUGGAAGCUCAUGCAAAGUUUGCAGUGCUGUGGCAUCUCACCCGUGACCUUCAUAUUAACAAGUCUUCUUCCUUUGGCCGUACCUUUGACAGAUCUUUGUUUAUCAUGCUGGACAGCCUUAAUAGCUUGGAUGGUUCUACAUGGUCAGUGGGCCAGGCCUGGUUAAAUCAAGUGCUUCAAAGACAUGAUAUUGCAAGGGUUCUUGAACCUUUGCUCCUACUGCUUCUCCAUCCAAAAACUCAGCGAGUUUCUGUUCAGCGAGUACAGGCUGAAUGUUACUGGACUAAAUCACCUUAUCAGCCUGAAGAAGAAAAUGAGAAGCACUUUAUGCAGAAGUUUAGCUGUGCUGAUGCAUUUUCUCACGUGCCUGUAAGCCAAGACCAACUUCUUAUACCUAAAGAAGGCAACGAAAAACAACCUGCUAUGGAUGAAAUGGAGAACUUCAGCCUGACCGUCAACCCUCUGAGUGACAGGCUUUCCUUGUUAAGUACCAGCAGUGAGACCAUACCAAUGGUUGUGUCUGACUUUGACCUUCCUGACCAUCAAGUUGAAAUACUGCAGAGUUCUGACUCUGGCUGUUCUCAGUCAUCCACUGGGGACAUCAGUUACGAAGUGGAAACAGAAAGCCUGAGUGCUCAGGAUAGCUCUCAGACUCUGAGAGAAGACUCGCCUGAUGAAGUUGUACAACAAGUGGUUACAGAUCUUAUAUGCAAAGUUGUAAGUGGUCUCGGAGAAGAGGCUGAACCAGCUAAACAUAAUCUACACUCUGAGGAUGCUUCGUGUAAAUUCAGUCCUUUGGAUAACUCUGUAGAGAUAACAAAAAGUGAAGAUCAAAAUAUUCAAAGUAGCCAGAGUAGUUUGCUUAGUAAUGACAGCUCCCAGUUGCUGUCAGCCUCAACUGAGACUGGACUUGAGAGCUUAAGAGAUGAAAUCUCAAGGAACAACUCUUCACCCUGUAUUGCAGAAAGCCAGCAGUCCCUCUCUGAUCUCACUCUUGCUUCCACUGACUCAAAGUCCAGGAAGCGAAGCCACAGUAGUAUUCAGUUCAACUUUAAGGGAAAGCUACCAGAAAAAAUGUCGGAAAAAGAAACAAUUGUUAAAGAGGCUGGUAAGCAACCAGGUGCAAAACCAAAGGUGAAAAUAGCCAAAAAGAAGGAUGAAGAGAAGAAGAAAGCACAAACAGAAAAGCUUAAACAAACAAACGUCUUCUUUAGUGAUGGCCUUGAUUUAGAAAACUGGUACAGUUGUGGAGAAGGAGAAAUUUCAGAGAUAGAAAGUGAUGUGGGGUCCCCAGGAAUGCGAAAAUCUCCCAACUUCAAUAUCCAUCCAUUGUAUCAACAUGUGCUGCUUUAUCUCCAGCUGUAUGACUCUUCAAGGACACUGUAUGCUUUUUCUGCGAUUAAAGCAAUUCUGAAAACAAAUCCUUCAGCUUUUGUAAGCGCUAUCUCCACUACCAGUGUCAACAAUGCAUACACUCCUCAGCUUUCGUUGCUCCAGAAUCUUCUAGCCAGGCAUCGAAUUUCUGUUAUGGGCAAGGAUUUCUAUAGUCACAUCCCUGUUGAUUCUAACCAUAACUUUCGGAGCUCUAUGUACAUAGAAAUUCUUAUCUCCCUGUGUUUAUACUAUAUGCGGAGCCACUAUCCAACUCACGUUAAAGUAACCUCACAGGAUCUAAUAGGAAACCGUAAUAUGCAAAUGAUGAGCAUAGAAAUUCUGACACUCCUCUUUGCUGAGUUGGCAAAAGUGAUAGAAAGCUCUGCAAAGGGAUUUCCUAGUUUUAUUUCGGACAUGUUGUCCAAGUGCAAGGUUCAGAAAGUGAUCCUGCAUUGCCUCCUGUCUUCUAUCUUCAGUGCACAGAAAUGGCACAGCGAAAAAAUGGCUGGAAAAAACAUAGUGGCUGUAGAAGAAGGUUUCUCUGAAGACAGCCUUAUAAAUUUUUCUGAAGAUGAAUUUGACAACGGUAGUACUCUGCAGUCACAGCUUUUAAAAGUGCUCCAACGGCUGAUUGUGCUGGAACACAGAGUAAUGACUGUGCCUGAGGAAAAUGAAACAGGCUUUGACUUUGUCAUAACGGACUUGGAGCACAUUGGUCCCCAGCAGCCGAUGACUUCUCUUCAGUAUUUGCAUUCCCAGCCGAUAACCUGCCAAGGCAUGUUUCUCUGCGCAGUGAUACGAGCUUUACACCAGCACUGUGCCUGUAAAAUGCAUCCCCAGUGGAUUGGCCUUAUCACUUCUACGUUGCCUUACAUGGGAAAAGUUCUUCAGAGGGUAGUUGUCUCGGUGACUCUUCAGCUCUGCAGGAACUUGGAUAAUUUAAUUCAGCAGUAUAAAUAUGAAACAGGAUUAUCUGAUAAUAGGCCUUUCUGGAUGGCAUCAGUCACUCCCCCGGAUAUGGUUCUUACUUUAUUAGAAGGGAUAACAACAAUAAUUCAUUACUGCCUCCUGGAUCCAUCUACGCAAUAUCAUCAGCUUUUGGUUAAUGUAGAUCAGAAGCACCUGAUUGAAGCACGCAAUGGGAUCCUAUCUAUCUUGCAUAUGAUCAUGUCUUCUGUGACUUUGCUGUGGAGCAUCCUUCACCUUGCAGACUCUUCGGAGAAAACUGCUGCUGCUGCAUCCAUUACCACUAUUAAUCUUGGGUCAUCAAAGAAUUUGAGGCAGCAGAUUCUUGAACUGUUGGGUCCCAUUUCAAUGAAUCACGGUGUUCACUUCAUGGCUGCUAUUGCGUUUGUGUGGAAUGAAAGGAGGCAAAAUAAAAACACUUCCAGGACAAAGGUGAUUCCUGCAGCAGGUGAAGAACAACUUCUGCUGGUCGAGCUGGUUCGCUCUAUCAGCGUUAUGAGAACGGAGACCGUUAUACAAACAGUGAAAGAAGUUUUGAAGCAGCCUCCCGCCAUAGCAAAGGACAAGAAACAUCUUUCACUGGAAGUCUGCAUGUUGCAGUUCUUCUAUGCUUAUACUCAAAGGAUUCCAGUGACCAGCUUAGUAGAUAGCUGGGCAGCACUGCUGCUUCUGUUAAAAGAUUCCAUCCAGGUUGGUCUUCCAGCUCCAGGACAAUUCCUCAUACUUGGUGUUCUUAACGAGUUCAUUAUGAAAAACCCAAGCCUGGAGAAUAAGAAAGAUCAAAGAGACCUCCAGGAUGUAACGCACAAGAUAGUGGAUGCCAUUGGGGCAAUUGCUGGUUCUUCCUUGGAACAGACUACUUGGCUAAGACGAAACCUAGAGGUUAAGCCUUCCCCCAAGAUUAUGGUGGAUGGAAACAACUUAGAAUCAGAUGUUGAAGAUAUGUUGUCUCCAGCAAUGGAAACUUCAAACAUAACUCCAUCUGUUUAUAGUGUCCACGCAUUGACCUUACUUUCUGAGGUUUUGGCUCAUCUUUUGGAUAUGGUUUUCUACAGUGAUGAAAAAGAGAGGGUUAUUCCUUUGCUUGUAAAUAUCAUGCAUUAUGUUGUUCCGUACCUCCGUAAUCACAGUGCUCACAAUGCAUCCAGCUAUCGAGCCUGUGUCCAGUUAUUAAGCAGUCUUAGUGGCUAUCAGUAUACAAGGAGAGCAUGGAAAAAGGAAGCAUUUGACCUCUUUAUGGAUUCCAGUUUCUUCCAGAUGGAUGCUUCAUGUGUUAACCA